AUGCCUCCUCAUAAUAGAGGUCCAUCAAGUAGAAAUCCAAAAUGUCCAGAAUGUGGUAACCAUUAUAAAGAUAUAGACGGACAUGCCAAAAGAGUACAUAAAACCACAUUAAGCUUAUUAAAACAACAAGCUUUUCAAAGGAAAAAAGUUCAUAGCAAUAGACAAGCAAAAAGAAACGAAAGAUUAUAUAAUAUGACCCAACUAAUUAAAACUAUUGAAGCAUAUUUGAGAAUUCUUCAUGCUAAUGAGAAGGAUCUUGAAAUUUUUCAAUUGAUUUAUUCAGAUUUUAAUAGUUUAAAAAGAAAGAGUGAUGAAGAAAUUGAAAGAGAACAACUUGAAACUGCUAAAAAUAAAAUCAAAAAACUAGAAGAAAACGAAGCGGAUUCAGAUUCGAAUUUGAUGAGAAUGGAAAUUGAUAAAAAGAAUGAAGAUAUCGAUAACUUGACGAGAGAAGUCUCGACAUUAAAAUUGGACAAUAAAGAAAAGGAUAACUCGAUCGAAAGCUUAACAAUUGAUAUUCAUGAGUUGCAAUUGAAAUUAGAAAAUGAGAAUAACAAACAUAAAAUUUUUAGAGCAACUCAUGAGAACGAAAUACAACGAAGAGACCAAAGUGAAUCUGAUCUUCAUUCACAAAUUCGUCUUUUAAAAAACAGGAUCGAGGAUUUAGAAUUAUUGUUAGGUAUUUCUACAAGAAGUUACAAAACAGUCACUAAUGAGAGGUUAUAUCUUGAGGCAAUAGACAGUACUGCUGAUAUGGAUCCAAUUUCAGGCCCAAUUAAUACUUCUGAUAUAAUUGAAAUAAUUGAUGAUUGA